ACCAACUGGCUGGUAUGAAAAUCUACUGUUGGUAGACUGUUCGCAUCUUCAAGGAAAUGACGUCAGUUUAGCGCCAGCUGUUUGGUUCCUGUCUUGGCGGGAAUUUUGUGCACCCGAAAACAUGGACGUGGCGAUGAAUGAGGUAGAUUCUGAGCAAAUUCAAACAGAAGUUCAACUGAAGAAAGAUGAGGCCCCUGCGAAGUUGUCUAGUAGUAGAUAUGAGCUGCCAUGGGUUGAAAAAUACAGACCCUUGAAGUUGAAUGAAAUAGUAGGCAACGAGGAGACUGUUAGCAGAUUGGAGGUGUUUGCCAGAGAGGGAAAUGUGCCAAACAUCAUUAUUGCAGGUCCCCCCGGUACAGGAAAGACCACCAGUAUUCUGUGUUUGGCGCGAGCUCUUCUGGGCCCAGCCAUGAAAGAUGCUGUCCUGGAACUGAACGCCUCUAAUGACAGAGGCAUCGAUGUAGUUCGAAACAAGAUCAAGAUGUUUGCCCAGCAGAAAGUCACCCUCCCUAAAGGGAGACACAAGAUCAUCAUCCUGGAUGAGGCUGACAGUAUGACAGACGGAGCCCAGCAGGCCUUGAGGAGGACCAUGGAGAUAUACUCUAAAACCACACGCUUCGCUCUGGCAUGCAACGCCUCCGACAAGAUCAUUGAGCCCAUCCAGUCACGUUGUGCAGUCCUGCGCUACACCAAGCUGAGGGACGAGCAGAUCAUGAUGCGUCUGCUGGAGGUGGUGGAGAGGGAGAACCUGGUCACCAGCAAUGACGGCCUGGAGGCCAUCAUCUUCACCGCCCAGGGAGACAUGAGACAGGCGCUGAAUAACCUACAGUCCACAAACUCUGGGUUUGGCUACAUUAACAGUGAGAAUGUGUUCAAGGUGUGUGAUGAGCCACAUCCCCUGUUGGUGAAAAGCAUGCUCGAACACUGUGUCAAUGCAAACAUUGAUGAGGCUUACAAGAUUAUUGAGCAGCUGUGGGCCCUGGGUUACUCCCCUGAGGACAUCAUCGGUAACAUCUUCAGAGUGUGUAAGACCUUCCAGAUGCCGGAGUAUCUCAAGCUGGAGUUCAUAAAGGAGAUAGGCUACACACACAUGAAGGUGGCAGAGGGCGUGAACUCCCUGCUGCAGAUGGCAGGCCUCCUGGGUCGACUGUGCAGCAAGACGGCCACCCCGGAUACCAGCUAACACCCCACCCACGCUGCCACCCAUCUCAGCACUGUCUCUCCUCCCACCUGUCUGUCUCGCCGGGGUUGUGUUCAUUAGGGGAAACACUUUCUACGAAAUGCACAUUUACAUUUUUUGUUAUUGUCCUUCCAUGUUUGGCUGGUUUCUUCUGUUUCGUUCAUAAUGUACACGACUUUGCUUCAAAACGCUGACUAAGAGUCCUGGGGAGUUCUGUUUAGACAUUUCUGGAUGAAAUACAUUUUGUAUUUUAUACAAGUUAAUGUAAAUACUAUUGUAAGUCACUUCUGUAAUAAAUCAGUGUUGUAAUUACGACUUAUUGGAAUAUAAAGAGGUUGUAAACUUAAGUUUUGAAUUAAGGAUUUAUUAUUACAGACUGACAUGUUAUCUACAUUU